AAGAGAGUUGUGGGGGCGGUGAGAGCGAGCAAGAGAGUUCUGGGGGCAGUGAGAGCAAGUGAGUGAUUGGGGGGGCGGAAUGCCACAGGCUCAGUGCAUGACCACACAGAUACUCCGUGCAGGGUCAGCUUCGGCUAGCCCGGCGCUACCAGCUGCGACCCGUGGGAGAUGAGAGAGCAACUCGGCACAGAAGGUUUUGGCAACGUCUUUCUGUGGUGGGUCUGGCUGGCCUGGACGGAUGCGAGACUUGGGUACUAAGAUAGCAAUCAAGUCUUGCCGCCUGGAGCUAAGUGCGAAAAACAAAGAACGGUGGGGUCAUGAGAUUCAGAUUAUGAAGAAGCUGAACCAUCCCAAUGUUGUUAAAGCCUAUGAAGUACCUGAAGAGAUAAAUUUCCCUGUUAAUGAUGUCCCACUUUUGGCUAUGGAAUACUGCUCUGGAGGGGAUCUCCGGAAGCUGUUAAACAAACCUGAAAAUUGCUGUGGACUUAAGGAGAGCCAAAUACUUUCUCUUCUUAGUGAUAUUGGCUCUGGUAUCCAGUAUUUACAUGAAAACAGAAUAAUACACAGAGAUCUAAAACCUGAAAAUAUUGUUCUUCAGGAUGAAGGUGGAAAGAUAAUUUACAAAAUAAUAGACUUGGGAUAUGCCAAGGAUCUGGAUCAAGGAAGCUUGUGCACGUCCUUUGUUGGAACCCUGCAGUAUUUGGCACCAGAACUCUUUGAUAAUAAGCCCUACACAGCUUCUGUAGACUUCUGGAGUUUUGGAACUGUGGUCUUUGAGUGCAUUACAGGAUUUAGACCAUUUUUACACAAUCAGCAGCCUUUUACCUGGCAUGACAAAAUCAAGAAGAAAGAUCCGAAGUUCAUCUUUGCAUGGGAAGAGAUGACUGGAGAAGUUAAAUUCAGUGCUCAUUUGCCAAAUCCCAACAGCCUGUGCAGUAUAAUUGUAGAAACAAUGGAGAGUUGGCUACAACUGAUGCUAAAUUGGGAUCCACAGCAAAGAGGGGGUGGUACCAGCCCAGAAACUGGUCAUGUCCAAUGUUUCCAGUUAAUGGAUCACCUACUAGGCCUGAAGAUAGUUCACAUCUUAAAUAUGACUUCUGCCAAGAUCCUGUCAUUUUCAUUGUCUCCCGAGGAAAGUCUUCAUUCACUACAGUCCCGAAUUGCUUCUGAGACUGGAAUAAGCACAGGCAACCAGGAGCUUCUCCUAGAGAUGGGAUUUUGUUUGGACCCUAGGAAGCCAGCCUCUCAGUGUGUUAUAGAUGGCGUGAGAGGCUGGGAUAGCUACAUGGUUUAUUUGUUUGAUAAAAGCAAAACUAUAUAUGAAGGUCCCUUUGCUUCUAGAAGUCUGUCUGACUGUGUAAAUUAUAUUGUACAGGACAGCAAAAUUCAGUUGCCCAUUUUGCAGCUUCGUAAGAUAUGGGCUGAGGCUGUUCAUUAUGUCAUUGGGCUCAAAGAAGAUUACAGUCGGUUGUUCCAGGGGCAAAGAGCUGCAAUGUUGAGUCUUUUUCGAUACAAUGCCAAUUUAACCAAAAUGAAAAACAACAUGGUAUCUGCAUCACAACAAUUGAAAGCGAAACUGGAAUUCUUUCAGCAGAGCAUCCACCUUGACUUGGAAAGAUACAGUGAACAGAUGACAUAUGGAAUAUCCUCAGAAAAAAUGCUGAAAGCCUGGAAAGAAAUGGAAGAAAAAGCUUUGCAGUGUGAACAGGCUGGAGAUAUUUGCUACCUAGAUGAACAAAUCAUGGCUUUGCAUACAGAGAUUGUAGAACUGCAGCGGAGCCCCCAUGCACGACGUCAAGGCGAAAUCAUGGAAAAUCUUGAACAAAGAGCUAUAGAACUCUACAAGCAAUUAAAACAAAAGUCCCCAGAUCUUUGCUACAGUGACAGCAUACAGAUGGUGAGAAUCAUUGGCCAGACAGUUCAGAGUCAGGACUGGGUGCUCAAGGAACUCUUCAGACACCUUAGUAAACUGUUGGGUUGUAAGCAGAAGAUUAUUGAUUUGCUGCCAGAAAUUGAAGUGGCUCUGAAUAACAUUAAGGAGGCCGACAAUUCAGUAAUGCAAAUGCAAGGGAAAAGGCAGAGGGAAAUCUGGCAUUUGCUAAAAAUUGCUUGCACUCAGAAUUCUGCUAAAUCUCCUGUUAGUUCCAGUGUAGAAAACACAAUUACAUCUUCAGUGCCUACCUGGCUUUCGCCAAGCUCACCAGGAAAUGUGCUUCAACCUCUUUCUUCUGUGAAAACUUCUAGAAAUGUGGCUAAUUUUUCACAUUUAAUAGAAGAAAAUCAAAGCUACCUCGACAAUUUUAGCACUAUUAUACAAGAAGCAAAACAUGACCAGAAUAACAGCAUGAUGAGUCUUGAUUGGAGUUGGCUAAACUAGUUGAGGGUGCAAACAGAACAUCAAGAAUUGCACACAAGAAGCAAGGAUUAUUGCCAGCAAGAUCCAGAGAUUACAGGCUUUUUCAAUCCAUGUGCUGUGAUGCUCUGUGUGCAUUUAUUUCAUCCUGAAUUGACCAUCACCUCCUAAAUGCAACUGCCACUGCCUUGAGCCUUUCAGUUGGUGGGUGACAUUCAAGCAUAUCUGCUAAUGUCAUUCUUCUAAAUACAAAUAUGGCUGACUCCAGUCUUUGAUUAUCAGUUUUGCAGCUGCUGUAAUGUCAGUUUUAUUUUAAAACCAUUUGCAAAAGCAAGUCUUGAUAAUUAUCUUUCCACUAAGGGAAAAAUCUUUUUGGCCCAUGAGUGCCUUCUGAUCAAAGGGAGAUGUCAAAGGUUACAAUGCUGUAUCUCUCCAGUUCUGUUGGUGCUUCUUGGAAAGUAACUGGCCUUAUUCCUCAGCACCAUCGUAUAGCCUAGAUGGUAUAUCUCCUAUCAUAGGACAUAUAGUUCAGUAUAAUGAAAUACAUCCGAGAAUAUUGCACUAUGAAAAGUUAAGAGUUCUACAAAGGCAGAAGCAAAAGCAAAGACACGAAAUAAACCAUCUGCUAUUAUCCUCUGACUUUUCCAGAAAUGAUUGACACUUAUAUUUCUUUUGAGCAUGAUGUACAAUAUUUUUGUGUAUAUAUUUUUAAAUGUUUAAUUUUUGUACUUUAAAAAAUGUUUAUUACCAGACCUAAACAAGAUGGGUUAGAACUGUAAAAAAACAAAUAAAAUCUCAGUCAAUGUUGGGUUUGCUAGUUCUUUCCUUGGAGCAUUAAAAGUACAUGCCAGGCUCCUUCCAGGUCAAUAGGAGGUUCAGUGUUGCUUUUGUGGAAGGUAACAAAUCAAAUCAAAUCUUUAUUGUUACAUCAUUUAAACAGCAAAACACAAAGUACAAAAGCUUUACAUACAAGCGAACUUGGUCAAAUAAAAUAACAUAGGUAAAAUAACACUGUGAGAAGCAAAAUUUUGAAGCACUACCUUCCCCAUAUAUCAUUCGGUGGACUUCCCUUUUAGUAUUUGUUUGGGCAAGGAGGAACAGUAAAACUGUCAAGAAAACUGUUCAGUUCCGGGAUACGGAAACCAUUCCAUCAGGUCUUAGUUCUAAUGAAGAUAUUAGUGAAUUAAUGGAUGAUAGAUUUGAUAAGAAUAAUAAACAAGUUUAAAAAAAAAACCCUCUCCUGUGCAGAGCAGCAUUUUGAGAAGGUCUUCAAGGAAUAGAACAUGCAGGGCCGGCUCUGGGGGACCUGGCACCCCGAUGCAACAUUCUGUUGAGCGCCCUUAAUUAUAGUAAAAAAUAAACAUUCAAAAUAAAUACAAUUAGUGUGUAUUCAAAAUUUAAUACACAAAGAUUUUACUUAAUUAUGUACAUAACAUUGUAUAUAAUAUAAUUAUGUAUGUAUAUAAUGUGUAUAUAAUAUAAUUACUCAAUUACUCAUGCUCCGAUAACCUCUUGCUUAGAUUACUGCAACAUGUUGUACGUGGGGCUGCCUUUGAAAACAAUCUGGAAAUUGCAGUUGGUACAAAAUAGGGCUGCAAGAUUAUUUAAUGGGACUGGGCAUUUUGAUCACAUCACACCAGUGCUUCAUCAGCUGCACUGGCUCCCAGUCCGUUUCUGGGUCCAAUUCAAAGUGCUAGUUUUAACCUUUAAAACCCUAACUGACUUUGGUCCAGGUUACCUGAGAUAAUGCCUUGCCCCAUAUGUCCUGACUUGGACCUUAAGAUUUUUGGACGCCCUGAUCUGAGUGCCCUCAUCAAAUAAGGUAAGGCAGGUAGCUACUAGGGAAAGGGCCUUUUUGGUGGCCACACCCUGUUUUUGGAACUGCCCGUCCAGUGAAGUUCGCCUGGCACAAUCAGGAGAGCUGGUCUUGUGGUAGUAAGCAUGACUUGUCCCCUUAGCUAAGCAGGGUCUGCUCUGGUUGCAUAUAAAUGGGAGACCUGAUGUGUGAGCACUGUAAGAUAUUCCCUUUAGGCAGGCUUCCCCAAACUGCAGCCCUCCAGAUGUUGCUGAACUACAACUCCCAGCAUCCCUAAACAUAAUUUUUUGUGGCUGGGUAUGCUGGAAGUUGUAGUUCAGCAACAUCUGGAGGGCCGCAGUUUGGGGAAGCCUGCCUUUAGGGGAUGGAGCCACUCUGGUAAGAGCAGAAGAUUCCAGGUUCCCUCCCUGGCAGCAUCUCCAAGAUAGGGCUGAGAGAGAUUCCUGCCCGCAACCUUGGAGAAGCUGCUGCCAGUCUGGGUAGACAAUACUGAGCUAGAUGGACCUAUGGUCUAACUCAGUAUAUGGCAGCUUCCUAUGUUCCAGUAGGUUUGCCUGGCACCAUCACUUUGUUCUUUUAGACGCCAGGUGAAGACCUUUCUGUUCACUCAGGCUUUUUAAAAUUGAUUUUUUAAAAAAGGUUUUAAAAUCGUUUUUAUGUGUGUUGUGUGUUUUUAUUGGGUGUUUUAUUGUGUUUUGAGCCACCCAGAGAACAAUUUGUUAUGAGGUGGCUGACAAAUAAAGUUUAUUAUUAUUAUUAUUUCAAGGUAA